AUGCUGUCGACGACCGGUAAAGGUGUAGCGGCAGCCCCGCAGGGGAGAGGAGGAGGAGGGCGUGCGGAUCCAGGGGCAGGGAGGAAAAGCACCGGCCACAGAGGAGCUCAAAGCGGUGAAGACAGACGAGAGGGGCUCGGUGUUCAGGAGUGGUCCGACGGAUCCAGAUAUGAGGGAGACUUUGUGAACGGUUUCAAACACGGCAAAGGAAGGUACACCUGGAGAAACGGAGAGUUCUAUGAGGGCUCUUUCUACAAAGACUACAGGCAUGGGGACGGACUGUACUGCUGGCCCACAGGCCACAAGUUCAUUGGCAAGUUCUACCUCAACAGAAAGGAAGGAUAUGGACAGCAACUGUUCCCUGAUGGAACCACCUUUCAGGGCUUGUACUAUGCUGACCAGAGGUUUGGUCCAGGUGUGGUUAGUUAUCCAGAUGGCCGUCAGGAUGUGGGUCUAUGGCUCAGGGAAUGCCUGCUAAAGCUCUGCACCACUGUAGAAGAGGGCUUUAGCCUGAAGAACUUUCCAGAAUAUGCUGCCUACAUGGACCCAGAUGCCACCACAGAUUCGACUCAGCCUCCCAUUCUCUCUAGUAGUUUACACACAGAAGCCAGGACACACUCUGAGGUGCAUACAGACAGAGAGCUGCUGCAGUCAGAUGAGAAUUUUAUCCUUCCCCCCGGCAUGGAGAGUUACUCAACAGAUGGCGACCACUUGCCACUUCCCCCUGGCCGAAGAAGAGAGUUGGAUCAACUGUUUUAUGGCGAGCUGUGGGAGCCGGACAUUAAUCCGUACCAAGGCUAUGAACGAGACCCACUCUCCACUCUGCCCUUACAGGCCCGCAUGCAGGCUCACAUACACAAACACAGACGACAUGCUGAAAAUGUGGGCUGGGACGUGGCUGCCGUUCUCGCUCUGAACAGGGAACGUUUUGGUCCCAAAGGGCCUUUGGAAGUCAGCUCAGAGCGGAUGAUACAGCACGCCUCCCUAGGGGAACUGCAGGCUGUUUCUCAGAUCCUCCGGACUGGUUUGGUCCACCCUGAUGUAGCAGAUUCACAGGGACACACUGCACUGAUUGCUGCCACAGUAAACUGCCACAAUGACGUGAUCCAGCUGCUGUUGAAUCUGGGUGCUGACAUUGACAAGUUGAACUGUGAAGGCAUGUCUGCCCUGGCUGUGUGCCAUGUUGUCUACUACCCUUUUCAUUCUCUGCACACCACUUUGGCUGAACCGUCUCCCAAAUCUCAAGUUUUGAGGUCUCCAUCUGCAUGUGGGAGCAGUCCCCAGAUCAGCCAACUGGGCUUCACUAGAGACACACUUGGGCUUCAUGACAGACCCCAGACCACUAUGCAGACCAGCCAGAGCCAACUCUGUGACCAGGAAAGUGAAGUAAAAGGCAAGGAAACAGUCAUUGAGUUGAGAAAGAAGGAUGUGGAAUUGAGUGAGGAGGUCGAGGAAGGUGUAGAGGAGAAAGUGAGGCAUGUUCAUGAAGAGGAUAAAGAGGAGAGAGGAAGUGUGGAGCGCUCCAUUCAGGUGUUGGAUGGACACAUUGCACUGGGCAGCGUGCAGUGGAAGGAAUGCCGAGCUAAGGCAGCAACAAUAGUUCAGCAGGGCAAAGACAAAGACCUGACCCAGAAUCAGACCUUUGAUUCUGCCCGCUCUGUCAGCAGCUAUAACAUCCAGGUCACAGAGGAAGUGAUGCAGCUCUCGGCAGAAGCUCUGAGUCGCACAGGGAUUCCUCAGCGCUCUGACACACAGGAGACUGUACGCAAAAUGGCUGCUAUGAAAAUUGAACACCGUCUUCGUUUGAAAACCAUGAAGCUGUUAUUAGAACGGGGAGCUGACCCCAACGUAUCCAAGGUUCCCAUGCCUGUCAUCUUUUUAGCAGUUAUGGCAGCUGACACUGAGGCUGUCAGGAGACUGCUGCUGUGUGGAGCUCGUACUGACAUUCCCCUUCCACCUGAGAGGAGAGGCCUUUAUCCCCUGCAUGUAGCUGCAGCACUGCCAGGUUCACCAGGCCCCAGAAUCACAGAACUGCUGCUGUACACUAUCAACGACCCAGAUGCACAGGCACAAGACCAGGACAAGAUCUAUGAACCGGAUAGGGUGCAUGAGUGGUCACAUCUCAAAGAAGGAGGCAGGACGGCCCUGCAUGUGGCCUGCCAGAGAGACAGUGACUACCGGAAUGCCAGUAAGGUGGUGGCCCUUCUGCUCUCCCACAGAGCCAGCACAGACCUCCUCUGGAGUGGACACUCACCUCUCUCCCUGGCUAUAGCAAGUGGCAAUGACCUGGCAGUGGAGGAGCUGUUGAAAGGUGGUGCAGAUCCCAACAUCCCCCUUGGCCGUGGGGUGGGCAGCGCUCUCUGCGCUCUCGCAAACAUCAACUACCACUUAGGUGGCAACAGAGCUAAGCUGUUGGAUGUGUUAGCCAAAGCUGGUGCUGACAUCUUGAUGCCAAUUAUGGUGGGUGAUGUUGUGGGAACUGCAGUCGACUAUGCACACCACUCCUUUAAUCAGGACUUGCGUAUUGCCAACACUCCCUUCCACGCUCUGAGCAUGCGGGAGAGGGAAACGUUCAAAGCACGGCGCCAGUUGCUGAGCAUGAUGAGAGAUCUGCUGAGACGGACUGCUGGCCAGUGGGAGACCGAGAAUUUAGACGGAGAACAACAUCUCACACUAAAUGGUACCAGUAGUGCAGAGAGGUUUGUGCACAAGGGGGCAGGUGCCAUCUCCUCAAACAGGCCCCUCCUCAGCUGUGAAAGUCUACCACACAUAACAGAAAAACACAGGAAACCAUUGUUUAAAUUCUGCUAUCAGUGUGGUCGCUCUGUGUCCGUGAAGCUGACAGCUUGUAGCCGCUGCCACAAGGUCUUCUACUGCUCCAGGUCCUGUAAACUGAAAGCAUGGGAUGAACGACACAAGGAAGAGUGUAUCCGGAUGUCAGCAUCUGCUGAUGGCAUCCAGAAGAGAGUUGCGUUUAAUUCCCAAAGAGGCCCCAGGCCCAUGACUGUCAUGUUGAAAUCCAAAACAGUCCCCAGGCCCUUGAGUGUCAACUUGAAAUCCCAAAGCCUCUCCAGGCCCCUGAAAAUGGCAGAGAAGGUCUUGGAGAGCCAAGUCAACCUGAAGGAAAACUACAGCUACAACUGA